CUGGGGCCUGUUGCACAAAAGUAGAAUUAAGACAUCCGGGAUAAAUGACUCAGCUGAGCUCAAUGAAGCCAAAACAUGUGCGUCCAGGCUUAAUUGGUUGCACAAAGACCAAGCCAGGAUGAGCAGACACGGAUUCAUUAAGCCAGGUGAAACCAAUCCUGGAUAGGUGCGCGCUCACGGCUCACUCAAAUAGACCCCGCCACAGAUCACAGAUUAACUGAUUUACCAUGGCAACUAGAGCCGCGUACUUUUCCCCGUCGGAAGCACAAAUCCUCAUGGAGGCAUACGAGGAGGUAAAAGAUAUAAUUAAGAAGAAAGGCAACACCGCCACAGUGAUAAAGCAAAGAGAAAAAGCGUGGCAAAGUAUUGCAGACCGCCUGAAUGCAUUAAACAUGAACGGGCCAAAACGGACAUGGCAGCAGGUCAAAAUCAAAUACAAGAACAUUCUGCAGAAUGCAGUGAAAAAGAAUACCCACAGACAAGGCACGGGUGGUGGGUCACCAAAGGCUGACCUUACCCCAGCAGAGGACAUGGCCUUGGAGCUAAAUAAAGGCAGGCCCGUCUUAGAGGGGAUCCCUGGGGGGAAAGAGACGAGCAUAGGUUCCUCCCAAGAUGCCACCCGCUUCAUUCAAGUGCCUGGCAGCACUGUGUUCCUGUUAGAGCCACCAGCACAAGCACCAGACGAUGCUGAUCCAGGUGAAGGCCCCAGUGCAGCAGCAACAGCACAUGAUGGAGACGAUGAUGAGGAGGAGACCAUCUCUCUGGAUUCCAGAAGGCAUGAGGACCCAGAUGCUAUACAGUGGGAAAACCAGCCUGGCAACAUAAGCUCACAAGCUAUCAGAAAGUUGUAUGGCAACCACCUCCGGCGCCAAAUAGAACUGGCAGACAUAGACAUUCAGUACAAGAAGAAAAAGAUAGAAAAUCUUGCACUGGAGUCCGAAAUAAAAAAGAGGACAAUUAGGAAACUGGACCUUGAAAUAAAAAAACUUGCGAGGGAGGUGAGAUAUGCCUUCAAUGUACACUGUAUGCUAACUGUAACACAAAUGUAUUAAUCAUUAUUUUUAUUUCCUCCCCCAGCUCCAAGAAGAUGACACAGCUCAAAAUAAAAAUUAGGUAUAUUCUCGUAAAGUCAAGUGAGCCAUGACAUAUGAGCUCUUAUUGUGAGCACACAGGACGGUGGCAUCUUUCUAAGGUUUUUUUUAUUUUCCCAGCAAUCAGUACAACCAAGUCAUCGUUAUAAGGCAUCGCCCUCUUUUGCCCACCCCCCCAGCACCAGGUGUGGCCACUAGCCUAUAUGAAGGCCCAAAAUUGUGUGUUCCUUUCUGCUCUGACAAUGGCAUGCCCAUUCGUGCGAGAUGUGGUGGAUGAAGAAGCACUUGUGCUGAGGAGAGCCUUCAGGCGAGAAAGGGUCUUCAGGGACCGGUUGGACCCACUGGCCUUCCCUGAUGACCAUCUAUAUGAAAGAUACAGGUUUUCUGCAGAUGGCAUCAGGUAUCUAUGCAGACUACUGGGUCCCAGGAUUAAGCACCGCACUGCACGGAGCCAUGCACUGAGUGUGGAGCAAAUGGUUUGUGUGGCCUUGCGCUUUUUGCUAGUGGAGCCUUCCUG